GGAAGAUCAACCACGAGGCUUCUCAGGUAUGCACUCCGAUCAGCAACCAAACUGAAGGACGAGAAACCGCCAUUCACAGGCUCCGCAAACUCCAUCUCGGCCGCCAAAAGGGAAAGGGUUCAAUCUAGUGUGAGCAAAAGUGUAGAAGUUCUCAAUCUCUCUGGAAAGGAAAAGUCAUCCGCAAAGCCUCCUAGACGGCUUUCAGUGCCUAACAAAAAGCCAAAUGCCACCCUAACUCCAAAAUCUAUCAGCAGUAUAACUCCAAUUUCGGAGACUCGAGCAAAGUCUGCCGUCAGCCAGGGGAAAAGUGACACUCCACGAUCGGACAUUUCCAAUUUGUCUGCUCGAAAGAAAUUCAGUACUCUAUCUUCACCAUCUUAUUGGCUGUCUCAGAUUAAGCUGUCAGAAUCUGCUUCUAAGCACUCUAUCUCCCUUGGUUUCUUUAAGCUUGCUCUGGAGGCUGGGUGUGAGCCUAUACAGCGAUUGAGUGACGAACUAAAGUCAUACGUGCGCCGUCACGACCUUUCUGAACACGGAGAAGUCUUGAAAUUGCUCUUGGAAGGCUACAAGAUUCCCGAAAGCUUUGAGCUUUCAAAACAGUAUUCUGAUGAUGAUGUUAAAAGCUCGUCAUCUUCUAUAACGUAUGCUGAGGAGAAGCAAAAGCCUGCGGACGUGAUAAUGAAUGCUGACACGACUCAGCAUGUGAAGAAAGCAAAUAAAGAAAAUUCUGAGAAGGAUGGUAAUGUGAAAGCUACUAAAAGAUCGGUGCCCAAUAGGGCUGCAAGCUCUAAGCCUGAUUUGGAAGUUAAAGGUCGAGGCAUGCAAAAGAAAACUGAGAAACUGUUAAAGCAAGAAUCGGCUCAGGACAAGGACAAAGUGAAGAAGCAGGGGAAGAAAUCAGUUCAAGAGGAAGGUGAUUGAAUAUUUAUAGAUAGUAUUUAGAACACUACUGUUUUGAAAUAGUUACAAAACCUAGAAAUGAAAGAAUAUUUAUAUUUUUGAAAAAAUAUUAAUAAUCCUGGUUUUAUUUGCGUCUUAUAUGCCCCUGAAGAGGGAAUUUCGAAAACUUGUUUGGUUUUCUUUGUUUAUUGGUUGGCUUUUUCUGUGAUACUGCUAGUGUAUGCUUUUAAACACUUAAAAUUUCAUUUCAGGUUUGUAGUUAAUAGGAAGAUGGGAUGUCAGUUUGAGUUUUAUUAUGCCUUGUG